UCUAAUUCUAUCAUCGAUCUUUGUCAUAAUCAUCAAUAUGUCAUCCAGACAGGUCGUGAAGAAGAUAUUUGCAAAUUUUGAGAAUAGCAACGAUGGUGCUAACAUUAGACAAGGCAUCACUAAGAGUGACCAUGAGUUAUUGGACCCGUUCGUGUCGCUUGCUGAAUUUUCUGUUUCACCUCCGGGUGGAUUCCGAGAUCAUCCUCAUAGAGGUUUUGAGAGUGUUACAUACAUGUUGGAGGGAGGCCUCAUUCACCAAGACUUCAAUGGUAACAAGGGAACAGUCGAUGAAGGAGAUGUUCUGUGGACAACAGCAGGAAGAGGAAUCAUUCAUUCUGAAAUGCCUAAAGAACGCAGUAACACUGGCUUACAGCUUUGGGUCAACCUCCCUUCAAGUGACAAAAUGAUCGACCCAUCAAACGUCGAAAUAUCGAGCUCUGAGAUGCCAGUAGCAUAUGAAGCAGGAGUAGAGGUCAAAGUCAUAGCAGGAGAGUCAAUGGGAGUCCAGUCUCCAUUCUACACAAGAACACCAAUCAUGUUCCUUGACAUAACUCUCCAGCCAGGAGCUCAAACCCACCAGAGUAUUCCGGAGUCCUGGACCGCCUUCGCCUACGUCAUAGACUGCAACGAAGGCGUGUUUGGCUCCUCGGACUCUUACGCAGUGAAAGCACACACUCUUGUGGUGUUCGGAACAGGGGAUGAAGUUAGCGUGUGGAAUACGUCAGACUAUAGGCCGUUGAGGUUCUUGUUGAUUGCAGGAGAACCGAUCGGGGAGCCUGUGGUUCAACACGGGCCAUUUGUGAUGAACACGCAGGCUGAGAUUGAUGGGACCAUAUGGGACUAUCGCAAUGGCGAGAAUGGCUUUGAGAAGAAGUAUUGGAGGUCAGAGUGAAAAGAGUCUUAAACAAUAACCAUAGACUGUUUUUUUAGUAUACUAUUUUUUCAGGGUUUUGAGUCUUAUAUUUUACAUCAUAUCUUAACCAAUAAACAUCACAUUUUUAAUGGAAUAAAGCAUAUUUUAUUGU